AUGCGUCAAAAAAUCAGAGAUCUAGCAUUACAAAUAAAUGAACCUACUGAAAAUCAAAGUGAUAAUUCCAAUAAAUAUUUAUUGGUGAUGGAAUAUGCAGAUAGUGGUACCCUUCGANUUACAACAGAAAAUCAAAGUGAUAAUUCCAAUAAAUAUUUAUUGGUGAUGGAAUAUGCAGAUAGUGGUACCCUUCGAAAAUAUUUAUGUGAACAUUUUAAAAAUCUCACUUGGAAUAAUAAGUUAAAUUUGGCACUUCAAUUAGCUAAUUCUAUAACAUACUUACACGAUAAAGAAAUUGUUCAUCGUGAUUUGCACUCUAAUAAUGUAUUGAUUCAUAAUAAUACCAUCAAAUUGGCUGAUUUUGGACUAUCAAAAAGGAUUGUAGAAUCAUCCAAUAUUCAAUCAAAAUUAUCUGAAAUGGUCACUUAUAUUGAUCCACAAAUAUUUAAUAGAAAUAACAAUCAAUUACAAAUAUAUUCAUUAAAUAAAAAGAGUGAUGUUUACAGUAUUGGCAUACUCUUAUGGGAAAUAUCUAGUGGCCAGCCACCUUUUUGUAAUAAACCAUAUGACAUUAAUUUGACUAUGGAAUUAUCACAAGGUCUUAGAGAAAAACCCAUUCCAAAUACACCUGAAGAUUACAUAAAAAUAUAUACUGAUUGCUGGAAUAAUGAACCAGAUAAUCGUCCAACUAUCAACCAGGUUGUUGUUAAAUUAAAUGCAAUUAUUUCAGAUUUUCAGAAAAAUGAUUAUAAUGCAGAUAUUCAAUUAUCAAGUAAACAAUCACUUAAAUCAAAUAAUGAGGUUCCUGAAAAUAUUAUUAAUAAUUCAUUACAUGAGAGAAUGUCUCAAAUUAUUCAAAAUUUUAGUAAGAUUCAUAUAAAAGAAAUAGAACCUUUAAUUUCAUCAAAUCUAAUUACAAAUGACUUUGAGCCAAUGGUUAAUGAAAUAACUUUUCUUCUUGAAAAUAUAGAAAUAGAAAUGAGAAAAUAUAAGAUUGUUAAUUAUCUUAAUAAUCAUGAUAUAACUUCACAAGAAAUUUAUUAUUGGUUAUUAAAUAAUCAGAAUGAUUCUAAUUCUGUUU